CCUCACUUUAAUGCUAGCUAAGAUGGUGGUUUCAGCAUAAAUUGUCUCCUCAACAGCCAAGAAAACACAGGGGCAAAAACACUUUAUAGCCUUUUAAUGACAACAGAGCAACACAUCCACGGUUACACGGAGCGACCGCUUAGAGAUAUUUGGACAUUUUCACAUCUACAUUGGCUCGCAGUCCCCGCCCAAUUUCGGUGUGACUGUGUUGGAGUGUUGAGUGGAAUCCUAAGCUAAAUAGGGACAGGCUUUGUGCUCUGCAACCGCCCCCUCCGAAAACGCUCAGCCUCACGACCGCGGCCGCCGUAGGAUGUCCCAUAGCCCUGACAUGAAGGACGACCCCAUGGAGUGCCCCCUGUGCAUGGAGCCGCUGGAGAUCGACGACGUCAACUUCUUCCCCUGCACCUGCGGCUACCAGAUCUGCCGCUUCUGUUGGCAUCGCAUACGCACAGACGAGAACGGCCUUUGCCCCGCCUGCAGAAAGCCGUACCCGGAGGACCCGGCUGUGUACAAGCCUCUGUCACAAGAGGAGAUCCAGAGGAUAAAGAACGAAAAGAAGCAGAAACAGAACGAAAAGAAGCAGAAGGUGACAGAGAACCGCAAGCACCUGGCCAGCGUCCGAGUGGUCCAGAGAAACCUGGUGUUUGUGGUGGGACUUUCGCAGCGGCUCGCCGACCUGGAGGUCUUAAAGCGACCAGAGUAUUUUGGAAGGUUUGGGAAGAUCCAUAAAGUGGUCAUCAACAAUAGUACAUCCUAUGCAGGUUCACAGGGGCCGAGCGCCAGCGCCUAUGUCACCUACGUCCGCUCUGAAGAUGCCCUCAGGGCGAUACAGUGUGUGAACAACGUGGUGGUAGAUGGCAGAACACUCAAGGCUUCUUUAGGCACAACAAAGUACUGCAGUUACUUCCUCAAAAGUAUGCAGUGUCCUAAACCAGAUUGUAUGUAUCUACAUGAACUUGGCGAUGAAGCAGCUAGCUUUACUAAAGAAGAAAUGCAGGCAGGAAAACACCAAGAGUAUGAGCAAAAACUCCUCCAAGACCUGUAUAAAUUGAACCCUAGCUUUCUACAACCUCCAGCAUGUGGAACAGAAAAGUCAAAGAGUAAAUCAGGCUUAACACAAAGAAGUAACAAUAGCAAUGGUAAAGAUGGCUGGCCAACGUUGUCGGGGCAUAGCAAACUGGCCAAUGGCCUUUCAGAGGACCGAAAGUCCCCACCGCUGCUAGACUAUCUAGAUCAGGAGGGUCUGACCUCAGACGGUCUAGAUACAGAGCUUGGCCCCGGCCCGUGCACUGCCCUAUCACCCUUCUCCUCAAACUGUAACAACAGCAGUCCCAGUGACAAGCCUUCAGAGUCCAUGGGUUUGGUGAAUGGAGAGACUUUACAACAGAUACCCACAAGUGACUCCCCAUCCCCUCCCCCGGGUUUAACCAAGCCCAGCCUGGCGGUGCCCAUCAGCAUGUCAGACCUCACGGCCCGCUCACCCUUUGAGGGCGCGGCGGCCGAGUCGCAGUCGCUCUUCUCGGACAACAGCAACUUCAGACACCCCAACCCCCUCCCCAGUGGUCUGCCCCCAUUUCCCGGCAACCCCCGCGGCAAUCCAGACUGGCCCAUGACGCCUGAACCGCAGAGCCUCUUCACGUCAGUAGCACCUCCAGUAACGUCCAUCUUUGAUCUGGCGACAGACACGAUACCGGUGUCGUCCUCCACAGACUGGCAGGCAGCUUUCGGCUUCGGCUCGUCCAGCAAACAGCAGGACGACGACCUGGGCUUCGACCCCUUUGACGUCACCCGCAAAGCCCUGGCCGACCUGAUAGAGAAGGAGCUGUCGGUGCAGGACCAGAACCCCUCCUCCCCGGGGCCUCUCCCCCAGGGGAACAAUCACGGGCCCGGCCUCCUGCCCCCCAACGGCAGCGCCGGUGCACCUCACCACUUCCCCAGUGGGGUGCCACGCCUCCCCCCACAGCUCCACCACAGAGCCAUCUACAGCUCCUUCAGUUUCCCCGGCACUCAGAGCAGCCAGGCCAGUCAGCAGCAGCCGUCCGCCAGGCACCCCUGGAUGGGCGUCCCUUCGCGGAAUAACCUCACACACUUGAACCACUCAGCCAGUGCUGCCUCACACAGUAAUUUCCUGGACCUGAAUCUGCCUGCUCAGCACAGCACAGGUCUGGGAGGGAUCCCCAUCUCAGAAAACAGCAGCUCUAUAGAAGGCCUAAAUGUGAAAGAGUGGCAAGAUGGCCUCAGAGCUCUCCUGCCCAACAUCAAUAUCAACUUUGGGGGCCUUCCAAACUCCUCUUCCUCCUCUUCCUCCUCAUCCUCUAACAGUGUUAACCACAUCGGUGGGCCAGCAGGCAUUUCACACAGCCUGAGCUGGGACAGUGCAGCCAGCUGGAUGGACCCUGCCAUCAUCACAGGUAUCCCGGCAUCAGCAGGCAACAGUUUAGACUGCCUCCAGGACGACAACCCGCCACACUGGCUCAAGUCCCUGCAGGCGCUCACAGAGAUGGACGCUCCAGCCAGCUCAGCGGUGCCCACCCCCCAGCCCCUGCACAGCGGCAUCCUCGACGCCCACAUCCCCCUCCACCACAGAGCAGCAGCAGCCGCCGCCGCCGGCUGGACCCCCUACCUGCCCCUCGCCACAGCCAACCCCACCAGCCAGUUCCACUCCCCACCGCCAGGCUUCCAGACCGCUUUCAGACCCCCGGUACAGCCCGCAACAGAGCUGCUACAGAGUGCCGCCGUGGACCGCCACUGAAUACAGACUCCAUCCAUCUAGCCCACUACCAUGUUACACCCACCCACCAUGUACCCCCCCCAGCCCUUCCAAAGCCAAACACGUCAAUCUGCAGCGUAUAAAAAAAUGAUGAUCAUGCUUUCUUAUUUUUCUCCUUUCUUUUUGUCUCCUCAAGGCCUUUUUUGUUUUUUUGUUUUCUUUGUGACACACCGUACCCUCCGUCUGCUACCAUCACCACUCCUUAGACCUAGAUACAGGGGGGCGGGGUCUGUUGCGUAGCUUACCCAUAACGGAGAGCACACGCCACAGCAUAGCACUGACCACCCGGCGGUGACAUUUGAAACUGACAAAGGAUCAAUUAAGCUUUGGUGAGGUCCUCUUUUUAAACGUAACUAACCAUUUAAGCCUGUUGGACCGCAGAAGCCGCCAUGGAGGAACCCAGCUGUGAAUGAAGGGCUCUCACAGUCCCGGAGAAAAUAUUUGGGGGAGGGAAGACGACGCAAACAGGGGGUUUGGGAUUGGAGCGCUCUGCACGGGCUCCCUGUUAGGCGGGGGCAAGGGCCCAUUCCAGAAACCUCGUGGCCCACAUUCCCUAUAGUGCAGGGCUCCCACCGGCUCCCGUCCCGCCGGAGGGAACGUUUUUGCUGAACCUCUGUAUCAGAGGAUAGAGCAAGUGCCUGAGCACGGCAGGGCGGGGAGCCGGUCCUCGUGGGAGUUGGUGGCACGCAAUCCCGAGCACGAGGAUAGGACUUGUUACUCACAGUGCCACCGUGUGGUACCGGCAGUAGCGAGUCCGACCGUGCACAGCCACCACGUCAACACAGGAGAAACUAGACAGGAGGAUAAGCAAGUAACUGGCGAAGCGUGCUGACCCGCGAGGGCUUCACUGAGGCCUUAAACGCAGAUCCAGGAGAGUGACAGGCAGAGGCGGGGUCUCAUGUGCAAGUUGCAAGACUGCUGCAAGCCAUGCAAUAUUGUGUGUGACUUUGCCAAGUGUGUUUGUGCGUGUGCGUGUGUGUCAGUCACAAAGGAAGGUGCUGCAAUACAACCUAAAAGUACUGUAGGAGUGACGCUUGCAGCCUUUUUCUCUUUUCUUUGCUUUCCAGUUUGACCUCCUGCCACCCACCGCCUUCUUUUUCAAGUCUUAAUUUCUGAUCUGUAUCGUCUACCCGCCCCCACCCACCUCCCCCCGCCCAUCCCUUGCUGUUCCCUGUUUAACAGUAUUGACACAAAGAUGAUCAAAUUCAACUGGGACAAAAUGGUCAUGAAAUGGGUUUUUAACGUAACGUCACGAGGAGGAGGAAGAGGGAAAAGAUAAGUUGAGGCGCUUAAAAGGAAGUGAAAUAUCCUCUGCAGGGCUGGAAAAAUGAACCUUAAAUAAAACUGAAAAGUCAGACCAGGUCUGUUGUCCGCUAUUGUGAUUAAUAAAUAAACCUCCCCAACACGCUCCAUUUAAUUCUCUUCCAAUUACCUGUUAUGUGUUUCACUAUUGUCCGCUAGGGGGAAACACGACACCCAAUUCUGCCUGCAAAGUGAGCAGUCCUCACAACGACCAGCAGAGGGCGACUACAGCGGUAACAUCCUCACCUUCACACUUCCAUUUGUCUACUAUUUUUUGUACGUUGCACAAGAUCUUAAAGCAGUAUACUAAAUGUGCAACCGUGGACAAAAGUAUGUGGACUUAGCAAAUCCAUUUUGGGAAGAUAUUUUGAACAAUUGCAUGCUUCCAACGUGGAACGGGUGUUGAUCUGGAUGCAUGAACAAAACACUUCCUGUAGAAGUUCCUCUAAACCUGUUCCAGCUAUGUGAUAGGCUGGUGUACCCAAUACUUUUGACCAUACAGUCAACUGAAGGGUGAUUUGACUUUUCAGGUUCAUGACUGCUGUAACUGGAGGCUGACCUUUUGAGGACGACGCCAUACUCAUACAGGCCACAUUUGCCCCCUCGGGGUUUGCUUUUUUUUUUCUUUUUUGUUGGCUAUCGGUGCUGAGGCGGCACCAGCAGAGGAAUAAUGUGAGAAUUCAGGGAC